GGCCAGUAGAAGCAUGACUGUUUAGCAUGCAGGGAGGUGGGGGUGAAGAUACUGGUGGAAGUAUAUAACCCAGUUAGGACCAACAGAGCGUGUACAAGUCUUCUUUCCACCUGAGGAGCUCCGUUCAGGUCAGACCCACCUCACACAUUAGCCGCCUGUAGGGAUGAAGAGCAACCACCUCCUGUCCACCUGGGCCUUCAUGAUCCUCGCCUCAGGUCCACUGCUGGCCCACCCCAUCACAGAAUCUGCUGAGAUGCCUUAUCCAGGACCUGGUGAGUGGAAAAUAACAUCUCCAUUUGAGCUUAUUUUGGGAGCUUGAUUAGCUUUUAGUAAUAAAAUCUCAUUUGUGAAGAUUAAUGGGAGGCAAUUCUUUGAUGUAAUUGCUUCGGAGCUGCGGUGUUGAACACUGAUUGUUCUGCCAAAGUUCUCACAUCAAUGAGCAUAACUGCAGGAAUUCUUGGCAGUCAUAGAAUUAUAAAGUUUUCUGUUGAAUAUUAAAACAGUAAGUUUUAAUUGGGAUGUAAUGACGUUAUUGUGCUGUAAUUUAUUGGAGGUGGGGUGAGAGAGUUUGAGGAUGGGUUUAAAAUCGUACAUGGUCCUUAAACAUAUGAAAUAACUAGAAAAUAUUUAAAUAACAAGUUAAAGAAAAUACAUACUUAUUGAAUUCAUACCUGUCAAUUUGCAAAUUGUGGUGGUUUAUUUAAUUACAGUGUCAGUAGAGGAGCGAGGAGUCAGCAAUCUGGAUGAUCUGUCUCUCUCUGAGCAGACCUUCCCCCUGCAGGAUGCUGCCGGUCUGAGAUAUCCCACUCUGAUGUCUGGCGAGAUGAACAGAGACGGUGAGACACACCCACUUUCUCUUCUGCAGCCGCACUGAGCUAAAAAAUUUGAACUGUAACACACAGGGAUAGCUGAGGAGCAGAGGGUUGGAAGUUUGAAGUAAGACCAGGAUAGAGGUGCAAGUGACAAUCUUGUAUUUUCACAAGUCUGUGCUUUUAUUUUGUAAACACUUCCUCUGCUAACGCUCAAAAGCCUGGCUUACACAGAGAGAUGCAACAAGCUUAAAUAAGUCAUGUUAAAGGGAUAUUCCGGCGUAAAAUUGAUUUAGGGUCAAACACACUGUAACAGAGAGUUAGACACCUCCUCAAGAGAUGGAUGUUGUCAACCGCUUGCUUCUCGACCGCACAAUAGCAAUACACAGCAGUCUGAGGAGCCAUAAACAAACCUCAACCAAAACGCCACUCUAUAGCCACAAAUAAUGCUCAGAACAGCACCUAACUUCAUCAGCAGUACAUAUAGGGUCCCAGCCAUAGUACUAGCCACCAAACAUCUUUUUAACUUUGCCGAAUUUCUUGAGCAAAGAGACUAAACACAACUCACCUACUCUCUUCCAGCGGCUGCUUGUUUGUAGUGGGGUGACGCAGCUCAAGGAAGAACAUUUACGAUCAUUUCUUCAUCAUUUCCUUGAAGUAAUAAUCAUCAUAUUAAUCAUUUUGCUCUGCAAACGCGGUAGUUCUUCUGCCUUAGCGUCUCGAUCUGAUUCCAUUUUGGUUGAGGUUUGUUUAUGGCUCCUCAGACCACUGUGUAUUGCUAUUGUGCGGUCGUUACUAAAGUUGGUAUAACUAGAGAAGCAAGCGGUCAGCAACAUUCAUCUCUCGAGGGGCUGUCUAACUCAGUGUGUUUGACCCUUAAUUAAUUUUAUGCCAGAAUACCCCUUUAAAGCUCCUCUAAGGAACUUUAAGAUAGUGCCAAUUUUGGCGCCCCCUGUGGACAAAGCAAUGUAAAAUCAGGGCUGUUUGUUCAUCUACUCUCUCACACCAGUGUAAGGCAUUAAGAAUUAAUGCAUCGAAAUCAUCAAUCCUGUGUCUGAUGGUCUUGUUUUCUCUUAGAUAUCAUAAAAAAACAUCAAUUUCAGUCUGAAAAUCUCACAUUUGCUUCCUCACAGGUGUCAGAGCGACAGGCCUGCUCCCUCAUGGGAUGAAAAGAGAGGUUAGUGAUCCUCACACAGCAAAAUAAAGUCUGUGCCACACGGUGUAAGCAAACACUUUACCCUUACUUCUUUAUCCUGUCUUUCAGGCUCUUAUGGAGAAACAGACUCUCUUAAAUCCUUUCAGCCAUGUGCUCGGUAUCAGGAAGCAGUUUAGGAAGCGAGGCGGGAAUACAGAGUGCUUCUGGAAGUAUUGUGUUUGAAAUAGAGCUUUGAUGCGACGUACAGGAGACAGGGCUUGCACUUAAACAGAAACACCCCAUAUCACACUCACAUAAGUACAUGCAUGCAUAUACUUUAUGAGUGCAUAUGCAUGUUAGGGUGCACGUACCCACACAGACACACAUAUAUGUCAUCAUUUGCUAAAAAAAACACUAUGAAAAGUAUGAUUGAGAUAUGUUUUUUGGAGUUAUUAUGAAAGAAAUUGUUGUGUAAAACUACAUUUAUGUGGAAAAAUCAGAGGUUUUUCAACACUGUAUGUUCAAUAGAAAUAAAACUACACCCAG